AUGAGCAAAAAGGCACCCAAGUAUUUCCCAUCGCUUUACGACACCAAUAGCAGCGCCUCGUCUCUGAACAGCUUUAACAUCUGGAAGAAUCUGUUCCCCACACAGGAAAUCAAGGAAACCAAAAGCCCAAAGGCUUCCCUGUGGCCACGGGGACUGGCAGACAAUCCUUACGAACCCUUGAAAUUCUUCUCCCCGCCAGCGGGUGGGGACUCGGCCUGGAGUGAGCUCGAUGAGAUAUGUGAGCUGGAUAUCCGAUUGAAGGAAAUGGAACUCCUCACAUUAACUGGGGAUGGCUUUGAUUUGAGAAGAUAUAAAUUUCUGAAAAUGUUAAAGGAUGAAAAGAUGCAAGACAUCAAGGCAGCUAAGGAGAAGAAGAAACAGAUGAUAAGGGAGAAGGCAAAGAAAUGGUAG